AUAGCAAUGGCGGUUCUAAUCAUAUUACUGGUCGGAGUCCUCACCCUCGUCGCGUGGUGGAUGCACCAGAACUUCAGCUACUGGAAGCGUCGGGGUAUUCCCCACGAUGCCCCAAAAAUUCCAUUUGGAAACACCUCUGAGUUCAUGAAAACCAUGCAGAUAUCGGCAAUCUUUAAGCAAACGUAUUUCAAAUUCAAGAACAAGACAGAUGGUCCAUUCGUUGGAUUUUACUUUUAUUUGAAAAAGACGGCCAUCGUCACUGAUAUUGAUUUCGUGAAAACUGUAUUGAUUCGCGAGUUCGACAAGUUUCACGACCGCGGCAUAUUCCACAACGAGCGGGACGAUCCUCUUUCCAACAAUCUUGUGAACAUCGAGGGCCAGAAGUGGCGGACUUUGCGACAGAAGCUGACCCCCACCUUCACCUCCGGCAAGAUGAAGAACAUGUUUCCCACUGUGCUAACCGUGGGCGAUGAGCUCAUCCGGGUGUUCGAUGAGAAGAUUGCCAGCUCUAAGGAUACCCUGGAGGUUCACGAUCUGGUGGCUCGUUUCACGGCCGACGUUAUCGGUAGUUGUGCCUUCGGCCUGGAUUGCCACAGCCUGACGGAUCCAAAGGCGAAGUUCGUCAAGAUGGGAACGGCUGCCAUUACCGAGCGGCGUUGGGGCAAGUCCAUGGAUCUGUUUCUGUUCGGAGCUCCCAAGCUGGCCGCCAAGCUGCGCAUGAAUAGCAUGGUCCAGGAGGUCGAGGACUUCUACAUGAACAUCAUCAGGGACACCAUUGACUAUCGCAUCAAGAACAAAGUUAAGCGGAAUGACUUCAUGGACAUGCUGAUCGACCUGAAGGUCAAAUACGACAGUGGCAACAAACAGGAUGGCCUCACCUUCAACGAGAUCGCCGCCCAGGCCUUCAUAUUCUUCCUGGCGGGCUUUGAGACAAGUUCCACCACCGUGGGAUUCGCCUUGUUCGAGCUGGCCUGCAACCAGGACAUUCAGGAUAAACUGAGGGCCGAAAUCGAUGGUGUCCUAGAGAAGCGCAAUGGCAAGCUGGACUAUGACAGCAUGCGGGAGCUGACGUAUCUGGAGAAGGUCAUUGAUGAGUCCCUGAGAAAGCAUCCCGUGGUUGGCCAUUUGAUUCGCAUCACCACUCAACGCUAUGAGCACAGCAGUCCUAAGUAUAAUCUGGAGCCAGGCACAGGAGUGGUUGUGCCCACAUGGGGCAUCCAUCAUGAUCCGGAAUUCUAUCCGGAACCGGAGAAGUUUAUACCGGAGCGCUUCGAUGAGGAACAGGUGAAGCAGCGACCCGCCUGCACUUUCCUGCCCUUUGGGGACGGUCCCCGGAACUGCAUUGGUCUCAGAUUUGGCCGAAUGCAGGUUGUGGUUGCAAUGAGCCUGCUCAUCCAUAACUUCAAGUUUGAGCUGCAUCCUGCAGGGACACAAGCUCCACUUGAAUACCGUAGCGAUGACAUACUGCUGAGUCCCAAGGGAGGAGUGCGUCUAAAAGUCAGCAGGGUGGGAAAGUAAUAAAAUUAAUUUAAAACUAA